UGUUGUUGUUGGUGUCUUUCCUGUGUGUAUAUUUUAUUCCUCUGUAGUGAAUUCAAUGACUGUCAAUCAUUUCAUCAUCUUCAUUUUCAAUUUUUAUUUUGUCAUUAUCAUCGAUAUUUUCCAAAUCUUCAAAAUCAUCAUAUAAUUCAUCAUCAUCUUGUGCAUCAAGUUCAUCUCGAAGACGUUUAUCUCGUUCCAGAAUUUAUUUCAUCAUCGAAUUUCCAUUUUUCAAUCUUCUUUUUGACAAGAGUUUACUCAACUUUAAAUCAACUUUAUAAACUGAAUUUUGAUUCAAUUCAAUUCAAUCAAAAUGAUUAGCCAUCGUGAUUAUAAAGCUGGAGAAAUAAUCUCUGUUAAUCCAUCAUUUGUACAUGUUAUUGAUGAAGAUAAAAAGGGUAAAUAUUGUGAUUAUUGCUUGGCUCCAACAACCGGUGCUACUGCAUUGGGCAAAUGUAGCAACUGUAAACACAUGUAUUAUUGUGGAAAAGAUUGUCAACGAAAUGAUUGGAAACAACAUAAAUUCGAAUGUAAAAUUUUCAAGAAAAAUUACGAAAUUACAGACGAAUUUGAUCGAUUUUUAUUACGGUUGUAUUUGUUCGUAAAAAACAACCCUGAAUGUGUUAAUGAAAGGCAAAAAUUUAUUAACGAUGAAAAUUCAAACCGAUGUUUCAAUGAUCUCCUUAUGACAGAUUGGAAUCGAAUUCAAAAUGAUUCAUUUCGAAUCAGCGAUUUUGAAUCUAUAUGUACAAAAUUCCAAUUUAUGAAGAUUGAAUUCAAUCGCACAGUAUUAUUUAAAUUUUUUUGUAAAAGUUGCACCAAAUUCUUUAAGAUUACAAAUUAUGAACUGGAAAAAGUAGGCUCAGGCCUUUAUAUUGCGGAAUCACAAAUCGGUCAUUCAUGUACACCGAACAGUGCACCACUGUUCAAUGGUAACCAAAUUGUAAUGCGUGCUAUCAAACCGAUUAAAUCUGGUACACAAAUUACCGCCUGCUAUGUGUAUAUAGCUGAUUCAAGAUAUGAUCGACAAGCAAAACUGGCUCAAUACUUUGAUAUUACAUGUGAAUGUCAACGAUGUAAUUCAGUGGAUUCAGUGAAUUAUCAAUUAAUAAAGGAAUUUAAUAUAGCAAUGGUUAACUUGUUUUUUGUGGACAAGUUCAAAGCUUAUAAACUUGGUGUGGAAAUACUAUCAAUGUUGCAAUGGAUUUCUACUGAUUAUCAUCCGAUAACAAUUAUAUACACAAUUUUUGUAUUACAAAUAUGUUAUGCAAUUGCAUUGGAAAAUGGUGAUAAUGAACGUAUCGGAUUAUCUGUUGCUGCAAUGGCACAACAUGUACGAAUUGAACUUCCUGAUGCAUACAAAGAAAUAUUUGAAAAUACCUAUUUUAAUCAACCAGAAGAUGUAAAAAUCACCAUUAUGAAAGCACUGACAAAUGUUCAUUAAUAAUCAUCACAUUCACAUUUCAAUUCUCUUCUCUUUUCCAAUAUUUUAAUCAUCGUUAUAUUUGGGCGUUAAUUAGAUGUGUUUGUUUUAUAUGUGUUUGUAUUAAUCUGUAUUUUGAAAUAAUUUUGAAAAAUUUGAAGAAAAAAUA